UUAAAGGGUUCGAAGAACGAUUAUGCUACAGUUUCGCAGAGAACACGCUAGGAUAUGGUUGCUUACAGGAUAAUAAUCGUUCUCGUGGUCGCCAUAGCUUGGGUGUCAGCUUUCCCAGCUGAAAACCAAGCCCAAGCUCAAGCUCAGGGAGAUAUCCAAGCUGAUUUAGACUUUGCACAACAACUUGCAGAAGCCCUUGGAGAAGAUGGAAACCAGAAUCCAGACACCGUUGAAGAAUCCCUUGAGGAAAUGGAAGAUGAAGAUGGUCUUGAAGACCAGUUUGAUGCAGAGGAGAUGGAAGAUCAGAUAGAAGAACCAACUGUAACACUUAGCAGAGUUACUCGAAGCUGCAAAAAGAAGAAGUCUCAUGGCAAGAAGAAAUGCUAGAGUUUAAGAAUUAUGAUUGUGUUAUGAAUUGGUAAACUAUAUUAAAGACUCAAAAGGUUGUUGAAGAA